CGCAUUGUCGCGUUUGCCGCAAUCGAAGGUAUCUUCUUUUCCGGGUCGUUCUGCUCGAUCUUUUGGCUCAAGAAGCGCGGCCUCAUGCCCGGGCUGAGCUUCUCGAACGAGCUCAUUUCGCGCGACGAAGGCCUGCACUGCGACUUUGCGUGCCUCAUGUACUCGAAGCUCAUCAACAAGCUGUCGAACGAACGCAUCCACGAGAUCGUCGGUGACGCGGUCAUGAUUGAGAAGCAGUUUGUGUCCGAGUCGCUCCCCGUCGAGCUCAUCGGCAUGAACUCGGCCUUGAUGUGCGAGUACAUUGAGUUCUGCGCCGACCGCCUCCUCCACGCGCUCGGUGCGACCAAGCUCUACAACGCGAAGAACCCGUUCGACUGGAUGGACAUGAUCUCGCUCCAGGGCAAGACCAACUUUUUCGAGAAGCGCGUCGGCGAGUACUCCAAGUCGGGCGUCGGUGUCUCGGCCGAGGACCAGUCCUUCACGCUCGACGCCGACUUUUAA